AUGGCGUUGAAAGCCAACCGCGCGGCGCCUGCUGCGGCCCAUGUGGAGGAGAGCCCGUCCGGGUAUGAGAACGAGAGCAAGGAGCCAAUCUCGGAUCUGAAGCUUGAUGCCAACGGUCUGCCUCUGGUCCCGCAGCCGAGCGACCACAAGGAUGACCCUUUGAACUGGUCGUUUUGGUACAAGUGCUUUGUCCUUGGUCUUCUCUGUCUUCUGGCCUUUGUCGUGCAGUUCGGUGCCGGCAUGGUCCCCGCUGCGUUCGGCCCCAUUUCCGUGAGCUACGGAGUCACGAAGCAGCAGGCCAGUUAUCUCACGACGUCGUACACGCUCCUCGGCGGUGUUACGCCCCUGGUCAUCACCCCCUUUGUCAACCUCUGGGGUAGACGCCCUGCCUACUUGCUCUUCACGCUGAUUGCUAUUGGCGGCAACAUUGGCUCGGCAUACGCGCCAUCAUACGGUACACAGAUUCUCUGCCGAUGCGUUGUCGGUAUCGGUGCUAGCGUUGCUCUGGCUAUCGGUGGUGCCACGAUCUGCGACAUGUUCUUCCAGGGAGAGCGUGGAAAGUACAUUGGUUUCUACGCCCUGGCCUUGACCAACGGCCCGCACUUUGGUCCCAUUGCCGGUGGUUUCAUCGCCCAAGAUCAAGGCUGGCGCUGGAUCUUCAAGAUCAACGCCAUCAUGAUGGGCGCCGUCCUCGCCGUCUACCUCGUGGCCUUCCCCGAGACGCUCUUCUCGCGCACCGAGUUCAGCACGCUCGAGAACCGCAGCUACUGGGGCCGCCUGGCCUUUCGCGGCAAGGUCAUCAACCGCAAGCUCAGGCCGUCCGACUUCCUGUCCAACUUCAAGAUGCUCAGGUACGUGGCCGUCGUGCUGCCUUGCGUCUACUACAUGACCACCAACACCUACGGCUCCAUCGUCUUCGUCUUGACGGCGUCGAGCAUCUCGGAGAGGCUCUACCACUUUGAUGUUGCGCAGAACGGUCUGCUGCUCGGUGUGCCGCUGACUCUCGGUUGUCUCAUCGGUGAGGCUUGCACGGGUUGGAUUUCCGAUUGGUUGAUCAACCGAUAUGCUCGUCGUCAUGAUGGUUACAGAAAGCCAGAGGCUCGUCUGCACCUCGCCCCUCUUGGUUUGUUCUUGCCGGCCGGCCUCAUCAUCCACGGCGUAUCUGUAGCCAACCACGCGCCCUGGAUUGCCCUGGCCAUCGGUAUGGCUGUUGCGUCUAUCGGCGUGCAGGCCGGGACGACCCUGACGUACUCGUACAUUUCGGAUUGUUACAAGCCGCAGGCCGCCGAGGUGUCCACCAUCAUCAACCUGUUCCGUCAGAUCUUUGCCUUUACCAUUGGUUUCUACGCGCUGCCGUUCGGUGAGGGCGCUGGGUUCGACGUUGCGUGGGGUGUGUUUGCCGUCAUCAACUUUGUUGCUUGGCUGCCAUUGCUGCUGUUGAUCUUCCGCGGUGAAGAGAUCCGCAAGGCUCAGGGCGUGCCUGAGAUGCACCAGGACUUGUAG